CAAAUUAGAAAACUCAAGGUUGCGUUUGGAGAGCAAGCGGGAAAUCAGUGGAAGUAAAGAGAGAAAUCUGAAGAGGAGAAUCGUCGGGCUCAUAAAUCUCAGCAAGAAUCAAGAGACGAAGCCCUCCGGCGCCGGCGAGGUCCACAAGCUGCCCUGCUAAUCAAGCACAGCGGCGACAUCCGACGUUUCCGACUACUGUAAAGGUUAGAAGUGGCAGAGCAACAAGCGCAUUUCAGGGACAGAUUGCUGCGAGGCGCCACGAUUCCAAUCCUUCCUGGACAUUCUGAAAGGGCGAGAGAAAUGCUUCUGAUUGCAACUCUAAUUCUUUGGAGCCUAGUGCUAAAUUUGAUGGGAUAACUUAUUGGAAUCAAGGAACUAUACCUUCACAAGAUGGUUAGUAGCAAUUGUGGAAGGAACAAAACUGGCUUCCUAGGAAGGAAGAAAUUUUUUUCCUGGUGUAUUCAUUUGUCAAUGAAUACAAUUCAAUCUGGAAUUGAAUUCUUGUUGAGGGUUAUGAAAAUGGUUAAGAUUGAUGGAACAAAGAGCUGCCGAAAGAUGCAGAUUCCUUUUCCAACAUCCAGUUGUUUCCUGGUAUGGAGAAUCACAAGAGGUUCUGAGGUUGUUCUAGCCAAUCAAUUGAAUGCCUAAUUUACUUGGGCAGUUGAUGUUGAUGCUGCUGAAGCCUUCUGGAGGAGAAAACUUUGUGGUGGGAUCAAUUCUUUCCUUGAUGGUGAAAUGGAGCACUGACAGUUCCUUGUACGUGGUGUUAUGCUUCUUAGUCCCUAUUUAAAUUAAGGGGCAGAAGAUUAUCCCCUUCUAUUUGUGCUUGGACCUGAAUUUAUCUGCCUUCAUCAUGAACCAAAAACCUCACCACGAGGGAGAUCCAUCCGAAGUGGAGUUCACUGUGGCUCCAACAAGAUCAUGGUGGUUUAAACCAAGGGCAUUCAGCAUCGUAUGGGGCAAUGAUGAUCGCUAUUGGUCUGUUCCCAAGGCAGGAGGGCCGGCAGAGCUGUUGCAGGUGAGCUGGCUUGAAGUAACAAGCAUCAUGCCCUCGUCGGAAGACAACAUAGUGGCAGGGAAGAAGUAUGCAAUCUCUUUCCGUUUGCAGAUGAAGCAAGGGGCUUUCGGUUGGAAUGGUUGUUCCGUUUGCUUGAUGUGUAAGAUAGGGCAGGGGGGGAAGUACACAGCUAAAAAGAUAAAGCUGGUUGAUCAACCAGAGACCGAUGAAGAGUUCGAGACAGAGAAGCUGGAGGUCACUGUCCCAGCUGAUGCCAACGAUAUGAGGCUUUACUUUGGGUUGUAUGAAGUCUGGUCGGGGAGAUGGAAGGGUGGCCUGCUCAUCCAUGGCGCCAGAGUUGAAGAACAAGUUUAAUCAAGAGUAGUGGAGAGGAAAUAAUCAAGCUGCCUGGGUGUAGUUCCCUCCAUCGUUUGGCAGUGAUGUAUCUUUAUUUGUUUGGUGUUCUUGUGGCUUACUUAGUUGGAUGAUAAAAAAAGGAUCUAACAUUUCUGCUAGAUCCUACUUGGCUAAUGUGUGAAAUAUAUUACAUUAAUUUAGUAUAAAAUUUUCUAGCUAGUUUUACAUAUCUACCAGUGAACUAGAAUCAAUUUUGUGGUAUUGAGAGUUUAUCUUGCG